UAUAUGUAAAAGAAAUAUGAAAAAGAAGAUUGAAACACCAAUAAUGUUCUAAAUACAACGAUCUUAAUAAAAUAAUUGAAAAAAAUCUUAAAAAAAAUUUAAUAAAAUGUCAAAGAUAAAAAUCAAGGUGAAAGAUCAUUAUAAGAUUUAAAAUACUGCAAGUACAAGAUAACAAGAGAAGACAAAUGCCUUAAACAUAUAAGAAUAUAAGUGACAAAAAAAGAUGAUAUCAUUGUAUACAAAAACUAAAGUGUACUGUGUAUUAAGAAAUACUGUACCUAAGAUUUCUAGCAAAUAUUUCUGAUAUGAUUAACACAGAAGUCUGUCAUUUAUAAGAAGCUGACUUAUCACAGAAUCGUGCAGUGUAAUUACAGAGGUCAUAAACUACACGUAUUGUAGUACAAGACAUUAAAAUAUAAGUGGAUAUAAAAAACUCUAAUUUAACAUUAAAUAAUAAAGGAAAAAACUAAUAAUAGACAUGAUAAACAAUCAACAUUGUGUUAUUCUUAAUUCUGGGGAGACCAAUAAUUAUCAUCAACCGGUCUCUGCAAAACCUUCUGUUGUUUCUGUAUCAAGUAUUGAUUCUGAUGUAAGUGAUAGAAGAGAUGUACGUGAAGAACUUUAUGCUGGAAUUUUCAGAAGACAUAGGAAGACCAUACUUGUGCUAGGCAGUUUUCUCAAAAUGUUAAGGAGGUACUUGGAUAAAUUGAAUGCUCUGAACCAAAUAUAUGCCUUAAUUGCUUUACAUUUUAAUAUUGUCAUACAACAAAAAUUUUGGUGAAAUCAUUAAAUUCUAAUUAUUAUGUUAUAUUUAUAUGUAUUUCAAAUUAAUUUAAGGAGACAUUUCCAAGACUUAAAAUUUAUGAGAAGACUUUGUAAAAAUUUAUCAUAUCUUAAUUGAAACUAUUUUUCAUUGUCUAUUUUAAUGCAUAUCUUUUUUCUAUUUUUAUCAGAAUAUAUUUUCUUUAUAAGUUUUAACAAAAGAAGAAAAAUAAAACAGAAUAUGCAAUACAAAUAAAAAAAUUAGUAAAAUAUCUGUAAUGAAAUGAAAGUAAUACUGCCAUAUAUGAUACAUCUUAUUUCUUAUGUAUAUAAAAAACUAAUAAUGCAGUUUCAAUGGAAAUUAACAGUAGCAAACUUUUUCGAGAUACAACUUUAAUAACAAUCUUUUGUUAUUUAUAUCUACAAUUUUUAUAUUACUGGUCUCUUUAUAUCAAAUACUGCCAUUAAAAAAUUCAUACAAAUAUAUGAUAUAACAAAUGCAAGUAAUAUAGCUUAACAAAAAAUAUGUUCAAAUAUUUAAAAUUGCAAUUAAAAUUUUUAUAUAAGCACUUAACAAUUCAAUCGUUCUUGUAUUUUAGCCGAACCAUUUAUUGUCGUAAGACUGAGAAAUGUGCUUUUCAGGAUAUAGUACGUGCCAUAAUAUUUAUAGACAAGCAUUAAAAAUAAAAAUAGUUAAAAUCAUGCCAUUGUCAAUUUCUUCACUUUCUACCAAUCAAAUAUCGGACAAAUGCAAUGAUAUAGCAUAUCGGAACUGUUUUAAAUACAAGUAUGUGACAUUUCAUACCAUGUUAAGAGAUCAAAGUCAAGUUAUAUCUUAUAUAAUUUUGAAGGAGUUAAAGUAUAAAAUUACAUUGUAUCAAGACAAUGUCAUAAAAUGGCGAUUUUAAUUGUUAAAGUGCUAUUUAUGGGAUAAUAGUUAGUAUGUGAUAAGAAUAAACCAUUACAAUUGCUUGACUAAUUUUUCAGUAAAGCAACUUCAAAUAACUUGAUAAUGGUCCAUGUGUAUAUGAUACAUAUGUAUGUUUAUUAUGUGAUGAAAUAAAAGAGAUAAAAUUAUUAUUAAAUAAUAAAUUUAUGUAAUAAUAAACUCUAUCAUUUAGGUAAAUUUUAUCAUAUGUGAUUUAUAUAAUUUAUCUCAUUGUAUAGAUAUGAUAAAUUAUAAAAUGUUUUGUUUUAAUUAAAAAUUAUAAAUAAAAAUACUACUUCAAUUAUUGUACUGUUAUGUUUCAAUUUGUACAUCUUGUGUAGAAUUUAUAGAGAUUAUGUACAAAAAAAGUAAAGAGUUACAUGUAACAUAAAAUACUAAUUGUGUUCCUUACCUUACUGAAUUGCCCAAGUACAUAUUUUAGAAUAUUAGGUGGUGAAUCAUGCAAUAAAGAUUCUAAAGCUUCAAUAUACAUGCAUUUUUGUAAUAUCUGUUUCAGUGCUGUGUUACAUUUUGCUUUAAGAUCUUCUGAACUAUUUGGAUUAUUGUAAAGCUAAAAAUAAACUAUAAAAUAAUAAUGAUGAACAAUAAACAACAACAUAGUAGCAAUUAAAAAAAACAAGUCUGUAAUAUACCUGUAAUAAUUUUGGUAGAAUAUUUGCAACUGCAACUGCUUUUGCAUGUUCUGAUGUAUGCUUUCCAAUUUGUCCAAUUGCCCAUACAGUAAUAGCAAGUGUAUGAUCAUCAGUUUCUUCAAGUAAUAUAGUAGAUAGGUGCACAACUCCCUAUAAAAAAAUAUUCGCUCUCAACGGUUUUUAUUGUAGAAGUAUUGUAAAAAGUAUAUUGAAAUGUCAUACUUUAGAUCCUAUAACUGCAAUAGCUAACUGAUCUAAGUGUCCAGCAAUAUAUCCAAUUGCCAUUAUUGCUGGUAAUUUGACUGUCAAUUUUGAGAUACUAAUUAAUUCAACAAGUGCACCAAUACCACCAAUAUUCACAAUAAGUUGGGCCAUCUGAGAAAAAUGUAAUUAUAACUGUAUAAUGUAACAUAUUGAAAAUAAAUUAAAGUUUGAUUUUA